GAAGAGCUUGAGGCUAAUCCUAGCACCAGGCUGCGGUUCUGAGGAGAUCUUUAUCUCUAAGCUUAUUAAGCAGAGCUCUAAACUCAUUAAGGUGAUAAGCAGGUUUAUCACUCAACCCUCUACAGUAAUUCAAAAUCUGGAGGAGGAAGAUGAUACCAGCUUGGAUAUCAACCCUCCAGUUCCUCCUCCUGUCUCUCUCUCAUCCAUUAGCGUGUAACGGGAGACGUGGGAGAAGUCAUGCUGUACUAAGUGCUUGGUAAUAGUUUUAGGAGUGUGAGCUCGGUGAGGCCAGUCUCGGCACUCGCGCUUCGCCUUCAGCAUGUUUUUCGAGCACUCGUCUUCGGCUACAGUGCCCAUUUCAAAAUGCCAGCGGCAACGGCGCCGGUCUACGGCAGAAACGGUCAAAAGGCUGUUCAGGGAGCUGGUGGGCAGUAAUCCACCCCAAAGGAACUGGAAGGGAAUACUGAUCGCUCUGCUGGUCAUCCUGGUCAUCUGCUCUCUGAUCGUCACUUCCGUUAUACUGCUGACACCAGGUGAGGACGACAGUCUGGCCCUGAAAGGGAAGCUGACAGUGGAAGAUGUCUUUGGCAAGAACUUCAGAGUUCAUGAUCCAAAGGCCAAAUGGAUCAGUGGUACGGAGCUCCUGUACCGCACUCGUGAAGGUGAUGUGGUCAAGCUCAACGUGGAGACGAAUGAAAGUACAGUGGUGGUCCCUAACAGGAAGUUUGAAAUGUAUAAGGCCAGUGACUAUGAGCUUUCUCCAGACAUGAAGCAUGUACUGCUUGCUUACAAUGUGCAGCCGAUUUAUCAGUACUCUUUCACUGCAUACUACAUCAUUUGUAGUUUGGAGUCCCCGGAAACAUGGAUUCUGAAUCCUCCAGAAGUGCGAAAUGCUCCUCUUCAGUAUGCAGGAUGGGGACCACGUGGCCAGCAGCUGAUCUUUAUAUUUGAGAAUAACAUCUACUACCGAGCCACCGUGGAGAGCCGGAUCAUCCGCCUGGUUUCCACCGGGAAGGAGGGCGUGAUAUUCAACGGUCUCAGUGAUUGGCUGUAUGAAGAGGAGGUGUUCCAGUCCCACAUAGCCCACUGGUGGUCACCUGAUGGAGCUCGACUGGCCUAUGCCACCAUCAACAACACGCUGGUGCCCAGGAUGGAGCUGCCCAUGUUCACCGGGUCGCCCUACCCUACAGGCCGAGAGUACCACUACCCCAAAGCGGGAGAGGAGAACCCGGUGAUCUCUCUGUACGUGGUGAACCUGAACGGCCCACUACAUACCAUCCAGAUGAGGAGACCAGAUGACCAGAGGAUCGGGGAAUAUUAUAUAACGAUGGUGAAGUGGGCCACGAGCACGAAGUUGGCGGUGAACUGGUUGAACCGAGCGCAGAACAUCUCCAUCCUGACCCUGUGUGAAGCCACUACAGGAGUCUGUACCAAGAAACACGAGGACGAGAGUGAGAGCUGGCUGCACAGACAGAAUGAAGCUCCACUAUUCUCUAAAGACGGACUGAAGCUCUUCUUCACACGCGCUAUUCCUCAGGGUGGGCGGGGCAAAUUUUUCCACAUCUCGAUGGCUGUAUCACAGCCCAACAGCAGCUCAGACACUCUGCAGUCCAUCACAUCAGGAGACUGGGACGUUACCCACAUUCUCGCCUACAACGAGGACAAACAGCUAAUAUACUUCCUGAGCACAGAAGACGAUCCUAAGCGACGACACCUGUACAGUGCUGAUUCUGUCGGCCCUUUCAACCGCCGCUGUCUCUCCUGUGAUUUCACUGAGAGCUGUGGAUAUGUGAGCGGCUCCUUCAGCCACAACAUGGCCUUUUUCCUGCUCACCUGUAAAGGGCCCGGAGUCCCGUUUGUGUCGGUCUACAGCACCCAGGAGCGACAGAAGCUGCUAGACAUCGAGCUGAACCUCAAGCUCCAGCGCACCGUGGACUCCAUGCAGAUGCCCAAAGUGGAGUACCGAGAGAUAGAUGUUGAGGAUUACGUGUUGACGUUGCAGAUCCUGAAACCUGCCAGCUUUGUAGAUACAGCACACUAUCCUCUACUGCUGCUCGUUGAUGGUACUCCAGGAAGUCAGUCUGUGUCUGAGCGGUUUCAGGUGGACUGGGCCUCUGUGUUGGUCAGCAGCUUUGGUGUGAUUGUUGUGCAGUGUGAUGGGCGUGGCAGCGGCUUUCAGGGCACUAACCUUCUCCACACAGUUCAUCGCAGACUGGGCAGGCUCGAGGAGGAGGACCAGCUGAGGGCUCUCAGCAUGAUAGCAAAGGAGCCAUACAUCGACACAACCAGGAUUGGAGCCUUUGGACAGGUGUAUGGUGGAUACAUCACCAGCAUCCUGCUCAGCUCUGAGGCCUCCAUGCUCAAGUGUGGUGCUGUCUUCUCACCCAUCACAGACUUCCAGCUUUAUGCGUCUGCCUUUUCAGAACGGUAUCUGGGCGUCUCAAAAACAGACAGACGAGCAUAUGAGAUGACCAAUCUUGCAUAUCGAGCCUCUCAGUUUGUUGAUAAGAAGUUUUUGAUCAUUCAUCCGACUGCAGAUGAAAAAGUCCAUUUUCAGCACACGGCCAAAUUUAUCUCCAGGUUAAUCAGUGAGAAGGGAAACUACAGUCUACAGAUCUAUCCAGAUGAAGGUCACUUCUUGCACAGCGAGGCAACGAAGCAGCACCUCAGUCAGUCCCUGAUCAACUUUUUCGAAGAGUGCUUCAGGCAACCAGACAUCAUUUUUGAGGAAGAUCUGGAAGAGGAGAGCGAAGAUGAGGGUUAAUGUGUUCUUGCCCCGACACAACGCGUCCCAAGCACAAAGCCAGCUCCUUUUACCAGACAAUAUGCAACCUGUCCAUUUCAGUCCUUUUAUUUGUUUCCGUUUUCUCAUUUGACCCCAAUGUACGGAGAGUUUUCCUUUCUGUGGACUGGACGUGUUCUUCUCAGUGUCUACUGCUGCUGCAGCAGCUCUGUUAACUGAAGAAGUCCAGGGUCAAUAAGGCAGAGAAGGCGGUCUCCAAUCUGUCCAUCACUUUGAUUGACAGGUUGUUCUGGUUAACUGACUGCUGGCAGCAGUAGCCAUCCACAAACCCUCCUGCCGGAACCUUCUGACGUUAAGAAGGAUGUUUUUUUAGCACAAAAACGUGUCGAGCGAGCCUGAAGACUCUCGAUUGUUCUGAUGUGUAGAUAUUCACUGACGGUUGAGAUGAUGAUGGAGUUUGUGAUUGUAAUUUGAAUGUUCUCAUAUCUGGUCAUGCUUGUGUCUGUUACUCUGAUGUAAAAUAUCAAAUGAACAAAACGUCAACUCGGGUAUUGAUUAAAAUGUUUUUUUAAGUGUUCAAAUUUUCCUUCCUGUUCAUGACCUUAGAGCCUGGAGUGUGUAUUUAAGUGAUGUGGAAUAUUAUAUAUUAUUUUUCAAACAAAUGGUGAGCAGAUGAAUAAGAUGUCAUUAUUCAUCAAAGUUGCACUAUAUAUUUUUUUUUUUAUUUAUUUUUUUGUGAUCAUGGUGACCCAGCAAUUCUAUCCCGGAUUCUUUCCUUCUUUCAGUGUCCAUCUCUGCUAGUUGUUGCCGAAUAUGUGCUUUUCCUACAACAGCAGUUUAUAAAGCAUUGCAUUCACUGUCUAAAUAUAUAAAUAUAUGUGUAUAUAUGUUAAAAAUAAAGUUAUCAUCUUUUGAGAAAUAAGCUCCUCAGGUCUAGUAGUUCAAGAUGCAGUUAU